GUUGGCGCGCCUAACUAUGACGCGUUGCAUCCAGCCACAUCACACUCCCGUCCAUCUCGGAGACUUUGGCGCCGACCCUGAGAUGCAUCUGCCAUCACAUAGUCUCGAACUGUAUCUUUCCGGUUGAGGCACAAAGUAUCCGGGCUAUUGUCGAGCCAUUGCUAUUCGUGUAUAUCCUUGCGCUGAUGUUUGUAUUGUCCCUCUCAUCCGCCGUCCCACCCCGCUUUCCAACUUGCUACUCCUGAUACACACACCUACAAUGACUGCCUUUACAGAGGCUAACCGCAAAGCUUUUGAUGAUCUCUCAGCUACGUAUGAUACCAAGCCAUGGCAGCGAGCGAUCAAAGCCCAAGUGGCAGAAGCCUUGAUUGCGAGAAAGGAUUGGAUUGGUGCUGAAUGGGCUACCUCCUCUCCAGGAGAGCAGUCUGAUGAGCGCCAGGUGAGGCUACUCGACUAUGCCUGCGGAACUGGCGCCGUUACACAAGCUCUGCUGCCAUAUGUCAACGAGAUCCGAGGCAUCGACAUCAGCGAAAACAUGGUCAAGCGGUACAACGAGGCUGCCACCUCCUCGGGUCUGCAGCAUGAGCAAGCUCGUGCGGUAGUUGGAAAUUUAUUGGGCGAAGACAUCGAUCCUGCCUUCAAUACAAGUGAGUGGCAUGAGUUCGACAUUGCAGCCAUUGGCCUCGGCUUCCACCAUUUCGAGGAUCCCGAAACUGCCAUCAAACGUCUCGCGGCGCGAUUGAAGGCAUCUACAGGCGUCCUUCUAAUCGUCGACUUCCUACCAUUCGAUCAUAAAGUCAAUCAUGACUCCAGUGGCAACAGCGGAUCCAUGAACGAGAUGGCUCAUACCAUCAAACACAACGGCUUUACUGGAGAUCAGAUGAGAGACAUGUAUCAAGCCGCGGGGUUCGAGGACUUCGACAUUGUUGCACUCAAGCAACCGGCUCGAAUGGAGCUCAGCUCAGGCACUGUGCACCGCACUUUAUUCAUAGCCAAAGGACGCAAAUCAGCCACUGUUCUCCAGAAACUGGGCAACUGGCUGGGCUCACUUCAAGGCUGGGCCGCUGGUGAUUGGCGAGCGGAUAGGAGGGACCACCAACAUUGGGAACCAGGUUUCGCCAACGACGUGGCGAAGAAGGAUGGUAGUCUGUGGGGUCCAGAAAGGUUGGGAGAAUCAGGGAACGAUGCGAAUCCGAGAAAGGACGAGCCGUUUAGAGACAAAGGCGGCUGGAACAUGGGCUUACCCAGGCACAACGAAUAGCCACAGGGCAGCUGAGAUCGGCACUACAGAAUUGCCUUCAGGCCCGAGCAAUUCCUUUCGGCGGCCAGGUUUACUACUCGACAAACAUCGUAUCUGCUUUGCUGAGAGCAUGUGCACCACUUUUCGUUGACCUCGGAAUGCAUUUGAGCUUGCCGCCAACGCCAGGCCGGAGCUGUGGGAUCUCGAAUCAAACCGCUGCGUUGGACGCGGAUCUGGCGCUUCGUCACUAUCAUAUUGAGCCAACCUCUGAGCCUGACUUCAUCAGCUCACUUUGGUGUCGCUUGACGAGGGCUCAGUGGUGUGCGAAUGCCACAGUCGCCGUAACAUCGGGCACGGGUCCGUAUCGACUUCACUUCGGCAAACGUGCACGAUGCAUGCUGUCAAGCAGCAUGUCAUCAAACUUAUCCUCCGACCUUGACCUGUCUCACCCCUUCUGUGAUCGCAUCGUCACCCUCAUCUUCAUCAUCCGCAGUCUUGCCAGCCAGACCUUGCUCCCAUAGCUGUCUCCCAG